UGACUAAUGUUAAAUAAUUUCCCCAUAAUAUGAGACAAAUCACCCUAUAUCUUGAUAAGUGUUGACAAAAUCCGGGAGACCAUUUAUAAAUAAGGAGCAUAAUCACUUUGAGCUAUAUACGUGUCAGGUGUAACUGUGAGUGAAGCGGUAAGAGGCAAUUGGGAUGUGUUGGGAAAGGGGAAUGCAAUGUGACGAAAUGGGGUCUUCUGGUCCCUGUUUUUCCGUCAGACUUUGCAGAUAAGGAGUGUCAUCACCAUAAAAUCUCAUUAGCGUUUGAAAGUCAGAUAUGCAGAUACGAGAAAUGAUGUUAAUUAAGCAUGAUGAUAUUACCUCUUUGAGUGCUUGGGGCUAGCUCAUAAGAUACCCAAUGAGGCUAAUGGCUGAGUACAUGGCCCUAUCUGUGAAAUGUUGCCUCCAAAGAAUAGGGCUUCAUAUGCUAGAAUAUUUUUUGGUUAACAAUAAGUUGCAAGUAAUCUUAAUUCAGCAUUGCAAUUAUCAGGUCAUGACGAUCUUCGGGAUAAUUGUCUAAUUGCCUAAAUGGUUCAGUGAGCUGAUUAUCUAUUAAACCCGCUGUG